UUUGGAUUUAUCCAUCUCGGAAUUCGGAAGUGCUAGAGAGCCUCGCGACCCGUCAGAGUGUGUGUUUUCUCUUUUCUAUUCCCCCUCGUGUGGUUUGGAAUUCUUCUCGGAGGAUCCAGCAUCCCCAGUGGCAGCAGCAGCAGCAAGAGCAGGAUCAGAAACGACCCAGAGGAUUCCCAACGACGCACACACACACGCACCCUUCCACAUCCCCGUCGCAACAAGGAUUCGUAGUUGAAAAUGGCCGCUCUGAACCUGUGCAAAGCACCCGAGUCAUACGAGGUAUACGCCUUCAACCUGCCGGACAAAUUCAAACUGGCCGCCCAGGAUGAGCUCCGCGAGGACGACGACAUCCGGGAGAAUGGCCUGAAGCAGUUCCGCGAAUGGAUCGCCAAACAUCCGCUGAUCAAAAAGUGCCGCACCGAUGCCCCGUUCCUGCUGCGGUUCCUCCGGACCAAAAAAUUCUCCAUCCCAGCCGCCACGGAAAUGCUGGAAAAGUACCUCUCCAUCCGUCAGAUCUACCCCAACUGGUUCCACAAGCUGGACAUCAACGAUCCCGAGCUGGAGGCCAUCAUCGACACGGGAUACCUGUUUGCCCUGCCAGAACGUGACGAACGUGGUCGAAAGAUUGUCUUCUCCAAUGCUGGCAAGUUCGACACCAGUCGCUUCACAGCCGCCCAGCUCAUCCGGGUGCACUCGCUGGUAGUCGAAGCUCUCUUGGACGAGGAAGAAUCUCAGAUCGCCGGAUACGUUCACGUCAUCGACGAUUCCGAUCUAUCGAUGGGAUUCCUUGGAAUUUGGUCGUUCACCGACAUCAAGAAUCUGGCUAACUGCGUCCAAAACUCACUUCCCAUGCGUCAGAAGGAGAACCACUUUGUCAACCUGCCAUCGUUCGCCAACAAACUGUCCGAUUUCAUCCUGUCCGUUCUGAGCGACAAACUGAAGAACCGUGUCUUUGUGCACAAAAGCAUGGAAGAACUCAAGGCCAAGGUCAACCCGAAACUACUUCCCAAAGAAUACGGUGGCACCAUCCCAAUGGCCGAAUGCGUUGCGCAGUUCAAGACUUUCUUGAAGGCGAAACGAGACCAGCUGGUGGCUCUCGACGAAAUGCAGAUUGAGAUCAACAAAAAUUCGGCAUACUGGGCUGACAGUACCGAUGCUGACAUCGCGGCCGGAGUGAUCGGUAGCUUCCGGAAGCUGGAGGUCGAUUAAUUUAUUUUUUAAUCUUGUAAGCAGAGAAUCUCACCGUCAUAAUCACUUCCUUCCCCAUGAGAGUCCCUUAACUUUUUUUUUAACUCUAACUUUAACAUAAUUUAAAUCAACACUCGCUGAGUACUUCGGUGACUUUUUACCCUAGACAAAUGUACUACUACUUUAGAUAAAUCGAACAUAACUAAUUAAAUCCGGAAGAGAAGAUUUCAAAUAAAACGAUCCUCUUUCCCCAAACAGGUGGAACAAAGUUACCAAAACUCAACUGUAUCACUAUUAAAUGUUAUCGAAAUGUCGGGUUAGGGUAAAGCUAGCCCGAACAAUAAAUGUAGGGUAGCUUGUGUUUAGGUGGUACUACUUAUUUCGGACAGCAAAACUCUUCUCUGUGAUGAUGGUUUCUAAAACUGACACAGAUUAGGUGAGGUAGAAGAAAAACAAAACCGCAACUUUUAUAUCUAUAAUUUAUUGCUAUCUAGCGAGCUAUUUGACUAAUCAGUACAUAUGCACAGAAAAUGUAAUCCAAGUGUUUAGAGAAUAGAAUAAGACGACCUCCACUUUUAUUCUGAAUAAUAUCAAACAUUCUAUAUGUAUUCGAUUGUCUAUGUAUGUUUUAUGCGAAAAUAAAGUUUAGGAAAACU